AUGCUCAUCGCAAACAAGAGGCAGGACAACCAGGUGAAGACGUACAUCACGUACAACAAAGGCCGAGACUGGAGGCUGCUGCAGGCGCCCUCUUCUGACCUGGAGGGGAAUGACAUCCACUGCAUCCUGCCUUUCUGUUCGCUCCAUCUUCAGCUGCAGAUGUCUGAAAACCCCUACUUGUCUGGAGCCAUCACCACCAAGAGCUCUGCACCGGGGAUUAUCGUGGCCACAGGUAACAUCGGCCCGGAGCUAUCCUUCAACAACGUGGGUAUGUUCAUCUCCUCUGAUGCUGGGAACAGCUGGAGACAGGUGAGGCGCGCGCCGGGAUUGGGUCAUUUCCAUAUGCAUGAAGGCAGGACGCCACAGGCUCAGCAGCGUGGAUGCUUAGUGAACUAG